AUGACACGUAAACCCACCACAGCUCAACUCACCCCGACCCUCGUGCAAGCAAUCACUCCCAGUGGUCCAAAUACCGCUGAACCGACUUUUGAGUCGACUCAAGAGACUUUUGAGGUGCCUGUUGAGUCGACUCGAGAGACUUUUGAGGUGCCUGUUGAGUCGACUCAAGAGACUUUUGAGGUGCCUGUUGAGUCGACUCAAGAGACUUUUGAGGUGCCUGUUGAGUCGACUCAAGAGACUUUUGAGGUGCCUGUUGAGUCGACUCAAGAGACUUUUGAGGUGCCUGUUGAGUCGACUCGAGAGACUUUUGAGGUGCCUGUUGAGUCGACUCAAGAGACUUUUGAGGUGCCUGUUGAGUCGACUCGAGAGACUUUUGAGGUGCCUGUUGAGUCGACUCAAGAGACUUUUGAGGUGCCUGUUGAGUCGACUCGAGAGACUUUUGAGGUGCCUGUUGAGUCGACUCAAGAGACUUUUGAGGUGCCUGUUGAGUCGACUCGAGAGACUUUUGAGGUGCCUGUUGAGUCGACUCAAGAGACUUUUGAGGUGCCUGUUGAGUCGACUCGAGAGACUUUUGAGGUGCCUGUUGAGUCGACUCAAGAGACUUUUGAGGUGCCUGUUGAGUCGACUCAAGAGACUUUUGAGGUGCCUGUUGAGUCGACUCAAGAGACUUUUGAGGUGCCUGUUGAGUCGACUCAAGAGACUUUUGAGGUGCCUGUUGAGUCGACUCAAGAGACUUUUGAGGUGCCUGUUGAGUCGACUCAAGAGACUUUUGAGGUGCCUGUUGAGUCGACUCAAGAGACUUUUGAGGUGCCUGUUGAGUCGACUCAAGAGACUUUUGAGGUGCCUGUUGAGUCGACUCAAGAGACUUUUGAGGUGCCUGUUGAGUCGACUCAAGAGACUUUUGAGGUGUCUGUUGAGUCGACUCAAGAGACUUUUGCUAAGGCGCGGAACUCGAGCUGGUGGAGCGUGAGGCCGUGCGAGGAGGUGAUGGACGCGUGCGCCCCCCCCAUGGACGCGUCGACCGCGCCGUCGGGCGGCGACGAGGCUGCCGCGGCGGGCGACGCGGCGAAGGGCGAGAAGGACGUGGCGGAGAAGGCGGAGGAAGGGGAGAAAGGAGAGAAAGCGGAGCAGGAAGCUGGGGAGGGAGAGGAGGAAGCGGAAUGA